AUGGAAAUUGAAGAACAGCAACAAGUGUGGAAGAAGACAUUUUACUUGGAAUUACCAAAAGUGGAGCUUCAUGUUCACUUGAAUGGAUCCAUUAGUUCUAAAACCAUGAGGAAAUUAAUAGCCAAGAAGCCAGACCUUAAAUUAUAUGAUCAAAUGAUUGUGAUUGACAAAGGAAAGAAAAGAACGUUAGUAGACUGUUUCCAGAUAUUUCAACUUAUUCAUCAGCUCACUACUAGCUCUGAAGACAUUUUAAUGGUUACAAAAGAUGUCAUUAAAGAAUUUUCAGAUGAUGGUGUCAAGUACCUGGAACUGAGGAGCACACCCAGAAGAGAAAAUGCCACUGGAAUGACUAAAAAGACUUACGUGGAAUCUAUACUUGAGGGCAUAAAACAAUCCAAACAAAAAAAUUUAGGCAUUGGUGCUAGUUAUUUGAUAGCAAUCUACAGAAGAAGUGGACCUUUAGUAGCCAAGGAGACUGUUAAACUUGCUGAAGAGUUCUUUCUUUCUACUAAGGAGACAGUCCUUGGCCUUGACCUCAGCAUCCAUAAAUAUAGAACAAGUAAAGCUACUGAGAUUAAAUGCCAGAACACAAAAAUGAUCAAAUUUUACCCAUAG